AUGCUUAACGUUGUGGACCGUCCAUAUCGGAUUGGCGAUGAUGUUGGAGGAGCUUACGCUCUUGGUCUUAUUGGUGGUUCGAUUUUUCAGUCUUACAGUGGAUAUAAAAAUUCGCCAAGAGGGCAGAAACUUCGAGGAAUAUUUCGUGAGGUGAGAUCUCGUGCACCACUAACUGGAGUUCAAUUCGCAGCUUGGGGCGGUAUGUUUAGCGCAAUCGAUUGCACACUUGAAGAUCCUAUUAAUUCUAUAGUGUCUGGUGGUCUUACGGGUGCAUUUCUUGCUGUUCGAUCAGGUCCUAAGAUGAUGCUUGGUUCAGCCAUUGUUGGUUCAAUGAUAUUGGCAAUGAUUGAAGGCGUUAGUUUACUAACUUCACGGUGGAUGAGUUCAAUGAUGGAUCCAACAUUGGCACCUAUUGUUCUUGAAGAUCCUGCCAAUCUUCCCUCUCCGACUUCCAAAGUAAUUAGCAGUAAUCAGCUGACAUCAGAUGAACCUUCAUCAUCCAGUACUUUCGGAUUUGGCUUGCCGUUCAUGAAUCAGAAUACAAUGUAG